UUAAGAACGCUGCAGCUACGGUCGCACUGCUAUUUACACGCCCAAAAAUUCAAUCAAUUGAACGCAACGAAAAUAAAAUACAUAUAAUAAGAUGAAAACGUUGGAAAAAUGUGUACUUUUCGUUGUUGUGCUCUGCUGUCUGCUGCAAGUUGGCCAGUCGAUCAAAUGUUGGGAUUGCCGCAGCGAUAACGAUCCGAAGUGCGGUGAUCCUUUCGACAAUAGCACUUUGGCUAUUACGGAUUGCCAACAGGCACCAGAACUGGAGCAUCUGAAGGGCGUGCGACCAACGAUGUGCCGAAAAAUCCGACAAAAGGUGCACGGGGAGUGGCGCUACUUCCGAAGCUGUGCCUACAUGGGCGAACCCGGAAUCGAGGGCGACGAACGCUUCUGUUUGAUGCGUACCGGCAGCUAUAACAUCUUCAUGGAGUUCUGCACAUGCAACAGCAAGGAUGGCUGCAAUUCGGCGGGAAUCCAUCGACUCAGCUGGACAGGCGUUCUUUCCGGAACUCUGAUUUCCGUCCUUGUGGCACAUAUCCUGCGACAAUAGUUGGAUCAACCACUCCUAGCUUUAGCCAAUGCCACGCCUCCUUUGCCACAAGACUGUCCUGAGCCAAAAGAGGCAAUUGUUAGAUGCUAAAAUCAAAUGUAUAGGCCAAUGCCCUCCUUUUUAAAUGCAAAGAUUCUUCGCUCUUUUAAGAGUGACAUUUCUUAUUUCUUCCAACUCAAGAUACUUUUCAAUAUUCCUUACAAUGUAUUUAAAUUGUAUAAAUAGUCAGAAAAGCAGUUAGGAUUAACUUGUUUUGUAAAUGUAUGUCCCAGUAAUUGUAAUAUUUGAUUUAGGACAAAAGUUUCAUAAUUUCGUAUGUAAAUCUUUAAACGAACUACAUGCAAUCCCUUUUUUGAUUUAAGGACAGUCUUGUAUAAGAGGAGCGAUGUCUAAUCAAGUGCCUUUCUGUAAACGACUCGAAAUUGUAACUUAAGCCUGGAAAACUAUUACCGUCCAAAAAGUAUCUUACGCACAUGUCAUUCCGUCUCUUAAGCUUAAUCUUGUAAUCUCUUUCUACUUGUAUUUUGUAAUGUUUUUACAAAGAAAACGCCUAGUUUUAGUCGCCAGCAAGUUUUUAUUGUAAUAAAAAGACAAUUAGGAUAUUUGUAAUUGAAAUAAACGUUUUAUACACCAA